AUGGCGGAGAAGCUUCCGGAUUUCAAGAACAGUCUCGCCUUGCUCGAUGUGCUUAUUGACAAGAAGGAGAAAGAGGAACCAUUCGAAACGACAUACCUGGUGGCCGAGGAAGUCUAUACUAAAGCCACAGUACCAAAACCGGAAAAGGUAUCGAUUUGGUUGGGUGCAAGUAUUAUGGUCGAAUAUGAGCUCGACAAGGCAAAAGAACUACUGGUGAAAAACCAGGGAAGCGUGCAGAAGGCAGUCGAUGAACUGACGUCAGAGUUGACGUUCGUCAAGGAUCAGAUCACCACCACUGAAGUGAACAUCGCUCAUGUGCACAACUACGGAGUGAAGCUUCGUCAGCAAAAAGCGGGCGCUCAAUGA